AUGGAGUGGACCGGAUCUCCAACCAAGAAGGCUUCAGCCUCCUUCAGCAUCUACGACGAGAACACUCACAGCCAGAUGGGCCUGAAGCGCACCUCGAGUGCACUUCCGUUGCCACUAACGACGGCUAAAUUCGUCAACCGCAUGGGACCUCCGCCAAAGCACCACAACAUGCCGGGCCCGGUCGACGAGCUCCUCGCCAAACUCACCAACCAACAAGAGCUACUCGCACGUCAGAAGCGUGAGCUCGAGGACGCGGAGAACCGCAGCAGCCACUCAUCUGCCACCGACCCAAACGCAAACACACCACCCACCGACAGCUUCUCGUCUGAUGGUCGCCCAGACGCCGCCGAGGUGAUGCGCCUCAAGAAGGAACUUGCGCUGGCCAAUGAGCGCAUGUCGCAGAUGGAUCUCCAGAUCACCCAGUCCCGCAUUGUUCAGCACACCAUGGAGGAAGCCAUUGGCUCGCCCUUCCCGACCGCACAACACCUGGCCGCGAGCAUGCCCGUUCAUAACAUGAUGUCGGCCGCUCAAUCCAACCCAUACGCACGCGUCGACAGCCCGUUCGAGCGCGGCAGCUUCAACAUGCCGCAGCAGCAGCAGUCCUUCGACUCGAUGCAAGGUCUCUCACGCCAGUAUGGUGGCUACAACAACCAGCCAAAAUACACUCCGCCAAUCACACCUGCCCCGUUCCAAGCACCGUACGCCAUGCCGAAUGGUGUCGGCAACCACCAGCUGCCACCAGUCGGCACCAAGCUCUCCCCUACUGCUGCAGAGUUUGGUGUCGGCCGUGGCCAAUGGUCGAUGCAGGCACCACCAGCAUACGCUUCUGCCACUGAGCCUCUCAACUACCGCCGCCUGCUGGAUCGUAACAUGAGCUGCAACUGGAAGUACAUUGUCGACAAGAUCGUCUGCAACAACGAUCAACAGGCGUCCAUCUUCCUACAGCAGAAGCUCAAGGUCGGCACUGCCGACCAGAAGUUUGAGAUCGUGCAAGCCAUCAUCGACCAAGCAUAUCCGCUCAUGGUCAACCGCUUCGGCAACUUCCUGGUCCAGCGCUGCUUCGAGCAUGGCACCCCAGAGCAAAUCAUCUCCAUCGCUCAGAGCAUCCGUGGCAAUACUCUCAACCUCAGCAUGGACGCUUUCGGCUGCCACGUCGUGCAGAAGGCGUUCGACUGCGUGCCAGAAGAGUACAAGGCAAUCAUGAUUCACGAGCUGCUCCGUCGCAUCCCAGAAACUGUCAUCCACCGCUACGCCUGCCACGUCUGGCAGAAGCUCUUCGAACUCCGCUGGAGCGACUCACCACCACAGAUCAUGAAGUACGUCAACGAGGCCCUUCACGGUAUGUGGCACGAGGUUGCUUUGGGCGAGACUGGCAGUCUGGUAGUCCAGAACAUCUUCGAGAACUGUCUGGAGGAAGACAAGCGCCCGUGCAUCGACGAGGUCCUGGCAAGCAUCGACGUCGUUGCUCACGGCCAGUUCGGCAAUUGGUGCAUCCAGCACAUCUGCGAGCACGGCUCUAUCCCCGACCGCACUCGUGCCACCGAGCACGUCCUCCGCUAUGCGACUGAGUACAGCAUGGACCAGUUCGCCUCCAAGGUGGUCGAAAAGUGCCUCAAGAUCGGUGGCGGUGACUUCCUCGACCGUUACCUCGACCGUGUUUGCGAAGCUCGUCCUGACCGCCCCCGCAUCCCACUCAUCGACAUCUCUGGCGAUCAGUUCGGCAACUACCUCAUCCAGUACAUCCUCACCAACGGCGACCCUGAGCGUCGCGAGAUUGUGGCUGCUCAGAUCCGCAAGCACAUGGUGUCUCUCCGCGGCUCCAAGUAUGGCUCUCGCGUUGCCAUGCUCUGCUGCAAUCCAGCCUUCACUACUCGUCCAGGUCCACCAGCUGGCCUUCCACUCGCUCGCAACAACAGCGGGGGUGGCUUCGGUGGCGAGCGCUUCGGAGGUGAUUACAACCGCUCCUUCCAGGGCCCAUCCGACCGUGGCUACGGCGGUAUGGGUCGUGGCGGCUAUGGCGGUGGUGCAUACCGCUAA